CACAAUAAACCCUCUACGGUUCACAAGAGAGAGUUGAGAGCUAACCCACACAACACAGAAAACCCAAACUGAAUCCGAAGAACUAAGGAUCGAUCUUCAACGACGAGGAUGGCGAUAAGCGGGAGAGUUCUUCUCGUUUUCUGCCUAGCACUCUUCCUCUCCUUAGUUUCCACACAGGCGAAGAAAUCAAAGGAGGAUUUGAAGGAAGUGACUCAUAAAGUCUACUUUGAUAUAGAAAUUGAUGGAAAACCUGCUGGGCGAGUUGUCAUGGGGUUGUUUGGAAAAACAGUUCCGAAAACAGCAGAGAAUUUUAGAGCUCUGUGCACAGGUGAGAAAGGUGUUGGCAAAAAUGGGAAGCCUUUACAUUACAAGGGAAGCGCAUUCCACAGAAUUAUACCAAGCUUCAUGAUUCAAGGGGGCGACUUCACCCUUGGAGAUGGACGUGGUGGCGAGUCAAUUUAUGGGGAUAAGUUUAAAGAUGAGAAUUUCAAGAUCAAACAUACUGGACCUGGCUUUCUAUCAAUGGCAAAUGCUGGCCCUGACACUAAUGGGUCCCAGUUUUUCAUCACAACUGUGACUACUAGCUGGUUGGAUGGGCGCCAUGUAGUAUUCGGAAAGGUGCUGUCAGGAAUGGAUGUGGUGUACAAGGUUGAAGCUGAAGGUAGGCAAAGCGGGACGCCUAAAAGCAAAGUAGUGAUCGCAGAUAGCGGCGAGCUCCCACUGUAAUCUCCCCUUGCAGAGUACGUUCUCCCUCCCUCCCUCCCUUUCUCUCCUCGGGUUUUAUGUGCUUGUAGUAAGUAAACUAGCACAAAAAGUUGUUCGAAAUCGACACAAAAUGACACACACCUAUAAGCUAUAUGCAGUGGCGUUAGUUUUAAUUUUGUGCUAAAGUUCUGUUGGGUUUGCAGUUCGUUUAUGUGAUCACAACUACAAGUAAUUAAUGUGGUGCAACCAGAUGGAAUUUUCUUUCU